CUACAGGAGGUACAGUUGUACAAGCUUCUGUAGCCUGAUCAAGAAUGGCUAAUCCUGUAGAGUUUAUAGAAAGAGAAAUCCUCUUGAGUUUUUUAGAAAACCACAAAAAAAAGCUGUCAUGUAUGAAGAACCCAUUAACAUUUGUGAGGCAGCUCCGGGACAACAAUCUGAUAACAGAGGACAUCUACAAGAAAAUUGAAGGAGCACAGAACCCUGAGCCAAAGUUAGCCCUGGAAUGGAUCCAAACCACCAAGAAGCUAUUCAUCCACCGCUUCUGGAGCUGUGUGUUUGAAAAGCACAUCAUAGACAAGUAUCCCACAGUCCGAGAGCUGCAGAGGAAACUGUUUAAAAAUUUUCUGGAAGAAAAGCCGCUGCUGGGCUUCCUCCACAUCAACAAAACGAAGCUGUCGUGCAUGGAAAACCCGCAGACGUUUGUGAGCCAGCUCCGGGACUACAACCUGAUUUCCAAGGACCAGCACUCGAAGAUAAGCCGCAUGAAGAGCAAAGAGAGGAUAAGGAGCGAAGUGUACAGUGUUCUGGACUUUAUAGAAACAAAGCGACCAGAGAGCAUAAAGCGCUUCUGGAGCUGUGUGUUCAAGGAAACCAUCUUGAACAAGUACCCGACCCUCCGACUGCUCCGGAACAGCCUGUUUGACGGUUCUUAUGCGAGUGCACUGCUGGAGGUCGUGGAGAGCGAUGACACAGACAAAGAGAAGAUGUCGGAAGAAGAGAUGGAAGUGAACAAAGUUGAACUAAAAAGCAGAAAAAAGAGGAAGAAAACAACUGAUGAUGAUGAAGAGAUUGAUGAUGAGCAGCCACCUACCUCUACUCAAGUUACACCACGUUUAAGAAAGAAAAGCAAGAAACUGUGCUUCUCCACUCCACUGAAGAAGGGAGAGAAAGGAGAUAUCUGGACAAAAGUCCAGCUGCCAGUGACCUGUGGAGACUUGAAGGGCACUCUGAACCGGGACAGACUGGCAAAAGGUGAAAAGUGCAUCCUGGUGAACGGGCAGUGGUACACUCCUCCUGAAUUUGAGCGACGUGCAGGGAAGGAAGCGUAUAAGAACUGGAAAUUAAGCAUCUACUGUAGGGAUACACCUCUAAUAAAACUUAUACAAGAAGGACAUCUGAAGACCAUAGGAUUCUCAAUGGUCAAGAAGCAUUUAUUUCCCUCUGAGGAAACCACCACAGUGACUGACACUGAAGACGCCAGUGGUGAUUCAUCAAGCAGAGAAAGUUCCUCAGAUUCAAUAGAGGAACAUGAACAAGAUGAUGAAGAUGGUCUUGCACAGUUGCAAUCAGAACCAAGAAACAUCCCACACAGAGUCCUAAAGGUGGUGUGUGAGGAUAUCACUGGUUUACUCCACACUAAACGCUUUGCCUCAGGCACAUGUGGGAAGAGCAUCCGCACUGAGAGCAGCUGGAUGACCCCAGUGGACUUUGUGAAGGAGGCCUCAUGUCAGACAGAUAUUUCAUGGCAGAAACACAUCAAGUGUGAAGGAAAGCCACUGGGAGAGCUAUUAAAGGAAAAGGUUUUGGCGAUUCACUCAGUGUUGUGUAAAUGUAGCCUGUGUGUUCCAGAUAGUGAAGAUUUGGACAGAGAGAGGAAUGACGAUGAGUGCUGGGUCUGCCAUGGAGAAGGAACCCUGGUGGAGUGUGAUGAGUGCCCUCGAUCCUUCCAUCAGGAAUGUCACCUGCCACACAUCACAGACGCACUGUUAGGUGAUGACACCCCGUGGAUGUGCACUUCGUGUGUGCUCUUCAGAUCUUUGGUGUUGUACCCAGAGUUGGAGAUGGAAGAAGCCAUGUCCCGUCCGAUAUCAGAUCACAUGCAGCACUGUCAGCACCUGCUGCUGGGUCUCUACAGGGCAGAUGAGGACAAUCUCUUUAAAUCCGACCCAUGUCAUCUCCCAGAAUACACAAAAGUGAUCUCCACACCCAUGUGUUUCGACCAAGUAGCAGACAAUCUCCAGAAUAAUAGAUAUCAAACAGUGGGAGACUUUGUGUCUGAUAUCGAUCUCAUCUUCACUAACUGUGCCUCAUAUAACCGGGAUAAUCCUGAAUUUCUUUCCAUUGGCACAACAAUAAAAGAGAUUUUUCAAGGAGAAUUGAACACAGUGUUUAAGAUCCAACAAGUGGCAUCAGAGGAAGAGUCUGAAUCUGAAUCAGAAAUACUUCUGUUCAUCCCUCAAGGGGACAUAAAUUUUGCUAAAGACAUGCAGCCAACCAGCGAAUAGAAAUUGUUAAAAAAGUUAUUAUUAAUUAAAUCCUAAAAGUACAACUAGAAUAAGAAAUAAAAUAUGCAUACAUAAUAACUCAACUUUAUAAUCAAAUAUAGAACCCAGGCAAUAUAUUGAUAUAUAAUGUGACAUAUUACAUAUUUAUGCAAAAAUGUUGUAUAGUGUAUAGUGAAUAAUGUAAAAGUUCUAUGGUCUAUGUCUGAACACUACAUUCAGAGAGUCCAAGUCCUCACUCACAACAUGGCUGUGGCCUUCUUGUUGAGUCUAACAGUGUCCCUCACCACAGACUUUUUUUUUUUUUUUUUUACACCAAAGUAGUGUUUUCACUUAUGAAUUUCAUCAAACAUAUGCAACAAAGUUAAUUUCAACAUUUUGAAAUGCCCAGUGUUAUAAUGGAAAAUACUAAGUAGAUUACAACAAUGGGAUUACAUUUUGGUCUGGAGUUGUCCAAGUAUCUGGUAUUAAUAGGAACAGUGUUUUUUCUUACAUAGCAAUGCAAUGAUAAUAAAAGUACAUUUAUGGCUUGUGUGUGGGGUUCUGCUGAUGUGGGAAAGUGUUUGUCUAAUAACAAUGUUUUGUCAAAAUGUAAACUGGAUUUGUACCUUUUUUGAAAAUAAACGUCAGUGUAUUAAAGAUGCGGUG